GAGAUUCGUCGAGAUUUGAAAAGCCCAAUCAGUGCGCGAGUAGCCAUGGCCGGAGGCGUGGUGGUGCCAGUGGGGUCGGGCGGUGAGCAGUUCGGUGGGCGCGUGACGGCGUUCGUCAUCCUCUCCAGCCUCGUGGCGGCCAGCGGGGGGCUGCUCUUCGGCUAUGACAUCGGCAUCACAGGGGGCGUGACGAACAUGGACGGCUUCCUGGAGGCGUUCUUCCCGGCGGUGCUGGAGAAUAAGCAAUCAGCGCGCGAGAGCUCGUGGUGCAAGUUCGACUCGCAGCUGCUGCAGCUCUUCACCUCAUCGCUCUUCCUCGCCGGCAUCGUCGGCGGCCUCAUCGCCUCCUUCACCACGUCGCGCUUCGGCCGCGUGCGCACCAUGCUGGUGGGCGGCGUCUUCUUCCUGCUGGGCGCGGCGCUUACGGGAGGCGCCGUCAACAUCGAGAUGCUCGUGCUCGGCCGCGUGCUGCUGGGGCUCGGCGUCGGCUCCGCCAAUCAGGCCGUGCCUCUGUAUCUCUCGGAGAUGGCCCCGGCGCAGCUGCGCGGCGCGCUGAACAUGAUGUUUCAGAUGGCGACGACGCUGGGCAUCGUGGCAGGCCAGCUCAUCAACUAUGGCACGGCGCACCUUCACCCCUGGGGCUGGCGCCUCUCGCUCGCGCUCGCCGCCGUGCCCGCGGCCGUGCUGACGGCGGGCGGCGUGUUCCUGCCCGACACGCCCAACAGCCUGGUGGAGCGCGGCCGCCACAUUCGCGCCCGCCACGUGCUGCAGCGCAUUCGCGGUGCUGAGGUGGACGUGCAGGCGGAGUUCGACGAGAUUCGGCGGGCGAGCGAUGCGGCCAAGGCGGUGAAGGCGCCGUUCCUCGCCAUCUUCCGCCGCAAGUACCGCCCCGAGCUCACCUGGGCCAUCCUGAUCCCGGUGUUCCAGCAGCUGACGGGCAUCAACGCCAUAAUGUUCUACGUCACGCCGCUCUUCCAGUCGCUGGGCUUCGGCGACAGCGCGUCGCUACUCACCACCGUCAUCACGGGCGCCGUCAACGUCGCCGCCACGCUGCUCUCCAUCCUCACCGUCGACCGCGUCGGCCGCAAGGCGCUCUUCCUCGCAGGCGGCCUUCAGAUGCUCGCGGCGCAGGUCGCCAUCGGCGCGCUGCUCGGCACGACGUUUGCGAGCGGCACGGGCGGGCUGUCGAGCGGGUACGCGACGGCCGUGGUGGUGAUGAUCUGCGUGUACGUGGCGGGGUUCGCGUGGUCGUGGGGGCCGCUCGGGUGGCUGGUGCCGUCGGAGAUCCAGCCGCUGGAGACGCGGUCGGCGGGGCAGAGCAUCACGGUGGCCGUCAACUUCGCCUUCACCUUCGCCGUGGGGCAGGCCUUCCUCUCCAUGCUCUGCCACUUCAAGUUUGGAAUAUUCCUCUUCUUCGCGGCGUGGGUGGUGGUGAUGACGCUGUGCGUGCUGCUCUUCCUGCCCGAGACCAAGGGCGUACACAUCGACGACAUGGCGGCCGUGUGGCAGCGCCACUGGUUCUGGAAGAGAGUAGUGCCCGCUGCCGCACACGAGCGCGCACACGACAGCAAGGGAGAACAAGGCGGGAAGGGGGAGGGUGGAUCUGCUGACAGCAGUGGCGGCAUGGAGGAAAAGGCUGUGGUAUCAGGCGUUUGACGCGCGCCACCACAUGCUGGCGCGAGAUGCCAUAUCACCCUACUGUGCUCCAAAACACGUUGGUCACUUCCAAUCAUGAUUAACUAGAGAGCCAUAAUGAAUACCUAUGCCAUGA